AUGGUUCUGUUUUGUUCCACAUCCACUCCCUUCACAUUAUAUUUGAAGAAAGUGUUUUAUAGAAAUUCUCUUAGCCAACUCUUAUUACUUCUUCAUAUAGGCCUAUCUGUUGAUGAUAUCCUCAAGUGUAAUCUCAUUGAGCUCAAACCAAAUUACAAGAGUUUUGACAAUCCUUGCUAUAAGCAACUGCCUAUUAUUAUACAACCACCACCCGCUGCUACGAUUGUACUGACAGACACUGUUACUGACCUGAGAAAGGCUAUCAAGGAAGAGAAAAACAUGCAUUUAGCAGUGUGGAUGCAGACAGUCUCCAGCUAUGAAAGUUCUGGUCUCAAAGAACAGGGAAGCAUGUGCAGCAGUGCACUUUGA